UGUCACGUCGCUGUCGUAAAAAUAGCGACAAAGCAAACAAACAAGCAUUUGUAGAAAUCGACCAAAACAAAAUUAUUAAAACGAAAGACUAAUAAAAGAUGGUACGCCGUCAACGCGAACAGAGUACUACUGAAGAUGAAAUAGUAAUCGACACUUCACCUCCUAAAAAGCACAAAAAGCAUAAACACAAAAAGCACAAGAAAAGGAGGAUCGAAAAUGAAUUUGACAGUGAUACAUCCAUCGACGUUUCAUACGAAGAUGUUAUGGAUAAGUCUUAUAAAAUGAAGGUAAAAUCCGGAAGGGACAUUACUGGGACUUCGGCAGCUGAUCUCCUGAAAGCCCAAACUAUGAAGUCGUCUUCAGACUCCCGGCGAUCAAUGCCAGGCUCGUCGUCAAGUACUCCCCCGAAAGCGUCAUCAAAGAAAAAGAAGAAAGGAAGAGAUAGUGGCACUUCUAGUGAAGAAGAGAGAUGGCUUGAUGCUAUUAAAUCUGGGAAACUUGAAGAGGUUGAUGAAGAACUUAAAAAAAUUAAACCAAAGGAUCCUAAAAUGAUGACAGCUAGGCAAAGAGCUAUGUAUGAGAGAGGUACAGAUAAGGACACAGGCAUAGGUGAGGUUCUCCUUGCACUGCCCUCUGGCUACAAAGAGAAAGUCAUGACAGCAGAAGCUCUUCAGAAAGCUGCUAUUAAAUCACAGAAACGGAAACAAUUAGCUGAUGAAAAAAGGGAGAAAGAUAAAAAGAAAACUAUGGAUCGUUUACUGAAGAAACAGGAAUCUAAGAAUUUAAAAAAUAUGCAAAGGGGUAAACCUGUGAAAAAACAAGAGCCAAUGAUAGUUUAUAAAAUAAAUAAUAAUGAAGUAACUUUGUCAUUACCACCAGGCAUUCCAUUUCCAUUGGAAGCUCAGUCCGAAAGAGAAGCACCCAAAAUAAUUUUGUGUGGUGUAUCUGGGUGUGGAAAUAUUAAAAAAUACAAUUGCUCCAAAAGUGGGAUACCUUUAUGUAGUCUAGAAUGCUAUAAGAAAAAUUUAAAUGUUACUUUAGUUAAAUAAAAUAUCAUAUUUAUUCUG